AUGCCGUUGGCUCGGUCAUGUGGCGAGGAUGCCGCCAGAAAGGACCCCCAAAGUUGCCCUCAGAUGGACACCGACGGAUGCUUGCUUUGUUAUCCAACUGAUCAUCCUGUGAACCCCAUUCAUUGCUGCUUGCAGGUAUAUAUUUGUUUUUCUAACCCUUCCCUCCCUUUUUCUUUCUCUUCCAUUAGGUUGGAUGUCUACAGGAAAGUCCCCAAAGACCUGACCCAGCCCACGUACACAGGAGCUGUGGCAUCCAUCAUCUGCUGUGUCUUCAUGUUGUUGUUGUUCCUCUCAGAGCUGAAGGGAUUCAUAGCCACUGAAAUUGUUAAUGAGCUGCAUGAGGAUGACCCUGAUAAAAACAGUGGUGGGAAGAUUGAUGUGAGUUUAAACAUCAGUUUGCCAAACAUACAUUGUGAUUUGGUGGAUCUUGAUAUCCAGGAUGAGAUGGGUCAUCAGAAGGUUCCUCUCAACCAUGGAUAUGGCUGUCACUUCAAGGGAGAGUUCACUAUUAACAAAGUACCAGGUAACUUCCACGUGUCGACCCACAGCGCCACAGCCCAGCCCCAGAGCCCUGACAUGACACACCUCAUACACAAACUGGCCUUCGGGAAGAAACUACAGGUGCAGAAUGUCCAAGGAGCCUUUAAUGCGUUGGGAGGAGCUGACAGGCUGGGCUCCAACCGCAGGGAGUACGUAGCCAAUAGCCACACAGGAAGGAUUAUCCCAGCUCUCUGGUACCGCUAUGACCUCAGUCCAAUCACAGUCAAGUACACAGAGAAGAGACAACCCCUCUACCGGUUCAUAACUACGAUCUGUGCUAUCAUCGGAGGGACGUUCACGGUAGCAGGCAUCAUAGACUCCUGUAUAUUCACAGCCUCCGAGGCCUGGAAGAAGAUCCAGAUAGGAAAGAUGUCCUGAGGACAUAUCAUUACGCUGUCCUGAGGACGCAUCACUACGUAUCACUACACCCCCAUAAAACGUAUUUAUAACAUCAGAAAGGCGUAUUUCAAUAGUCUACAGGCUUCCUCUCCUUCACCUGCUAGAAUAAUACUAUAUACCAUUUAGCUGACGAUCUUUUCCAAAACAUUCAUGGUACACAUUUUCUUUAUGGGAGGCCCCAACAGGAAUCGAACCCACCAUCCUGGCAUUACAAAUGCCAUGCUCUACCCACUGAGACAUACAUUCCUUCAUCUGUCAGAACAGAUUAAGGAAAGGAGACUUUAGACUAUUGAGAUAGAGACUGGCAUUAUGUUUCCCAUACGACAACGGGAAGGAUGGUCGACUGUAGGAAGAUCAUAAGUUGUGCCUUUACGUUUUGUGAAGCCCGUGUCAUGUCUCACAAAUGCAAAAUCAAAUCUUCUCAAAGUUCAGUAAAAAAAAAUUCUGUUGUUGUUUUUUUCAAUGUUGACUGAACCAGGGCUUUCUAAUUCUCAUUUCAUAAUGCUGAAUCUGCGACGGUAUUGACUGAAUUAUAGACCAGCAACAACGUUGGCAAUCAGUGGUCAAUGUUUUCUGCCCCCUCUCCUUUUUAUAGAAUGUUUCCCAAAUCCAUUGUGACUGACCGUACUAUCGGUUUGAUGUCCUUGUGUCAAAUCCUUUUGUUCUGAAAUUCUUCUUGCUUUUUACAAAUUUUGUUUUACUUUCUGAGAAUUUUUUAAGGAUUCGGAUGUCUCAUUUUUGCCAAAAGAAUAGUAUUUUCUUAGUUUCGUCUUAUAUUUUACACUGUCUGUAUGUAAAUGUGUUGUGUUCUUUUUAUUUGUAAUUGAUAACAAUCGGUAUUAUCCUUUUGACGUUGUUACAGGGUUUCUGUGGGAAGGGAGGGAACUGUUCAGUUAUAAGGGCUAUAUCCCAAAUGGCACCCUAUCGCCAAUGUAGUGCAUGACUUUUAGACCAGGCCCCAUAGGGCUAUCAUCAAAUGUAGUGCACUACACAGGGAAUAGGGUGCCAUUUGGGAUUCCGUCGAGAUUAUGUUCUUUAUCAAUGGUCUCGUCGCUACCAUGCCAACUAAGAUGAAGGCCAUUGAAGUCUUUGUUAAAACAGGUAUUUCUGGACUAGGUCAGACAUGUUCCUGUUAUGAAAGUAUCCGAUGACGUGUCAUCACUGCAACAACCCAUUGUACUACCAGUAAAGUUACCUUAGCAACCA